CGAAUCGCCCGACCGGGCGUUUGAUGAAAUCGGGAUUGUCCAGAAAGUUCGCCCGACCGGGCGAUUUUCAAAGUGCAAAUCGCCCGACCGGGCGAUUUCUUCGCGCGAUUUAAAGACGCAAACCAGGUCAGUUUUUACACUUUCAAAACCCUACCCCCAUUUCUCUCUCGUUCCUCUCUACUCUCUCUCGCCCCUCCACCUUCAAAUCUUCCACUUACACUGAUUUCACACACAUACCAUCCUCCCAAUCCAUCUAAUUCAAGGGUUGAACCGAUUAAUCGGUUGAUUUACUCAAGAACAAGUAAAAAGGAGAGAAAUCCGUUUUCUAUCACUCUAAGCCCGAAAGGUAGUGAACGAUGGCGCCCAACCACUCUGGAGUUAAUUUGAAUGCCGAAGAGAAGAAGAAAUGGGCCGAACUCUCACAACUACCAUACCGGGUAGCUAGAUAUCCAUGCCCUAUCACAAUCCGACGGUUGGGCAUUGAGCAGUGCUUCAAUGAGCUAUGUGAAGAGGGGCAACUAAAUGGGCUCUUCAUGGCACAGAGGAACCCCUCCUAUCAGAGGCUUACACUAGAGUUCUUGUCUACCCUUGAGGUAAUCAUGAACAGGAGGGAGAUAGUUGCCAUCAAGUUUCGUAUGAGGAAUGCUGAGUACACAGUGACGAUGGCACAAUUCAAGGAGAUCUUUGGAUUUUCAGGGGAGGUGUAUAGAGAGCCGUUUAACUUCAGUCACAAUGCGAAUGACUUCUGGAAGGCCAUCACUACCGUUGAUGACAACUUCGCCGCCAACAGGGCAAAGGGUUCUCUCAUUAGGAACCCAGCCUUGCGCUUACUCCAGAAGGCGUGUGUAUGUUACCCCUUCGCUCGUCAUGAGCAUGGGAGUGUGCAGAGAGACGAGCUCUUCCUGUUAUGGACUAUUUUGCACAAGGAGGCUCCCUUGAAUUUGGGCCACUUCAUGAUCAAACAUCUUGAGAGGGCUUCGAAGAAGAAAACCGGCACACUCUGUGUCGGUGCGGUUGUGUCAGCUAUUGCACUCCAUCUGGGAGUGUCGACGAGGGGCUUGGUCGCCGACAUUGGUGACAACUUGAUGGACUUCGGCUUUCUGAGAAGAACAAGGCUGGUCGGAGUGGACCAACGAGGGCAGAUAUAUUUGAUACAGAGGGCAGCAGAUCAUUACCCCCUCCCGGACACCGUCAACACCUAUGUGAACGGUCCUUUCCACAAGGAAAACUGGAAGAUGAAGGCUGCGGUCCACGAACAAGUCACGGCGGUGAAUCCGCGGAACUUGCAAUUUAGGGAUGUGAGCCCGAGCUCGAGUGUUGAUGAAGCGCCCCACAUGGGCUUUCCCGAGAUCGAGAUGGGGGACGAGCAGAAUGAAGAAGAAAAUGAGGAGGAAGGUGAGGAUCAACCGACCUACCAAGGGGGAGAUGAAGCCGGGACAAGCACGCAGAGGACACGAAGCCGACAAGAGCGACAAGAGGAGGACUACGGCUCGAUCAAUGAGAGGUUGACACGGAUGGAGUUGCGUCAGCAGGAAUAUUGGGUCCAGAAUGAAGCGCGAUGGGACCAGUUCGAAACCAACUGGACCCAAUUCACUGAUUUCAACAAUGCACAAUGGGCCAACAUCAAUGCCCGAUUCGAUGAAUUCCGUGGCCAGUGGCAGCAUCCGCCUCCUCCUCCGCAGUGAAGGUCCAUGGGAGAUCCACUCUCUUUCAAACUUAUCCUAGCUUUGCUUGGAAUAAGUUUGGGGGGUGUCUAGUGGAUUCCCUCUUUUACCUCUCUCCCUCUUUAUUUGAUGAUGAUACCCCGGCCUGUACCCCUAUUCUUUUGAUGAUAUUUGAUGAUGAUAUGUGGGCAUGUAAACUUAUGUGGUUUUGUUUCCUUGUUCCACUUGUGUUUGUGUCUUUGUUUUUCUUUUUAGGUUUGUUUUUCUUGUUUCCUUUUGUGUUGAAUUAUCUCCCUUGGCUAGGAUGAUAGUAGGGUUGAGAAAAAUUGAAAUUUGAACGAGUGUGAGACAUGAUGGAGGAGUUGCCAAUGAUGAUUUUGUGCAAAAACUUUCGAAAACCUUGUUGAUAUGGCUAAAGAACAUGUGAUUUUUCAUUUCAAAUUGCCUAAAGUGAAUUACAUGGUGCCUUGUCUUUUGCCAAAAUGACCUUGUGAGAAUUGAGCCUAUAUUGUUCCUAAAUGUGUGAUUUAUCUCAAACAUGUCGUAUGUUUCUAGAACUUGCUCGCGAUUUCUUUGAGUCUACAUAGUGAUCAUAGAGAUAAGGGAGGACGUUAGGCCAUCCUUGUUAGCCAAAUUCUACUUUUACCCGUUAUCAUGUUAAUAAUCUUUGUUAGCCCACUUUGAGCCAAUAACCUUUCCUUUGACAAACCAUGGGGUUGGAUUUCUUGUGUUCUAUUUUUGAAAAAUCAAAAGGAAAUGAAAGUUUGAAAGGGGGAAUUAGCAAAUGAAAUAGAAGCUUAUUGAGGUAGAAAAACAAAAGAAAAAGAAAGAAAGAAUAGUGAUGUUACCAUGCAAAGCAUGGAGAAAAAGAAAGAAAAGAAAUAGAAAAAAAAAGAGAGAGAAAAGAAAAGAAAAUUGAAAGUGAGAAAUAGUUAAUAAUUGGCAUUUAUUGGAAAGGGUGUGUGAAGGUUGAAAAAGAGGUGAAGAACAAAAAUGGAAUGUUGGUAGAUGAGAAGAGUCUAGGGAAGCCUAGAACUAGCUAGAUUGGGGAAGAAAGUUGGUGAAGUUGAGCAAGAUAUUGGGAAUUAAAGUCACUUUAGCCGAAAAUUGCCUCACCUAUCCAAAGAGCCUACAUUACAACCUAUUGAAAAGACCUUUCGGACCUUAUAUCUUUAAUCACACCAUAGUAGAGGAGAGUGUAAAUUUCGAGCAAGCCUAUGGUAAACUAUGCAUGUUUUGAUGAUUUGAGAGUUAUGUCAAGAGUUUAUAUACUUUGAGAGUGAGUGAAAUUUCUAAAAUGCACAUUGCAUUUUCUCCUUGAGAGGGCAAAUUGGCAAGGUUGAGUACAUGAUAGUAACUUGAAGCUAUAUUUCAUAAUACUUUACAUGCAUCCGAGGCCAUUGAUACUUGUCGUAUUUUAUUUCUAUUGAGGCAAUGAUGACACUCCACAUCCUUGCAUGAGUUUGUAUGUCUUGUUUCUUUACUUCUUGUUCGAGGACUAACAAAUGUUUAAGUUUGGGGGAGUUGACAAACUCAUAGUUUAGGAUGUUUAGAUGGGUGAUUAACACAUGUUGUCGAAUCUUUUGAGGUAUAAAGUAUAUGUUUCACCCACUUUUCAGCUAUUUUUUAGAGUUAACAAGUUUGUCGGAGUUUUGAUGCAAGAACAGGUCUAAAACGGGCAAAACGGAGCGAACGGGCUGACCACAGAAUGUUCGCCCGACCGGGCGAAUUUCAUAUAAAAAACGCCCGGUCGGGCGAAGAAAACAGAAAGUUCGCCCGACCGGGCGUUUUUCAUCCAACAAAACGCCCGACCGGGCGUUUGAAGCCUCAUCGCGAUUUACCCAGAUCGCCCGACCGGGCAUAUUCCGACUUACAGAUCGCCCGACCGGGCGAUUUGUCGCUGUUGCCAACUUUGCCUCUUUCUUACUCCGGAUAUAAAAGGGUUCUCACUCAUUUCCAAACCCUAACUCCCACACCACGAAUCUUAGCAAGAAAGUAAGGUUUUGAGAGGAUUUGAAGUCAAGGAGCUUCCCAUUUCCAAGAGAUUGGAGGAAGGAGACCCCCCACCAUCAAUUCCACCAUAGGGAGUUCUAGUAUCAUUUCUAUUAUGUGUAGCUUUGUUUUCCUUGUUUUUGCUUUUAUGUUAGCUUUGACUAUGAGUAGCUAAGCUUUUAGUAGGGAUUUGGUGAAGUUUGAAUGGAUUGUAUGGAUUGAAUCUAUGGUUGAAUGCGUAUCUAUCUCUUUUGUUGGUUUUGUUGAA